AUGGAAAGUUGUGCUCUUGUAAGUGGAAGAAGGCGCAUUGCAACUAAACAUUCAGUUGAAGAUCAAGCUUUAGAUCAAAUAGCCAAAGAGGCUGAAGCAAGGUUGACUGCACGAAGGCAAGCUAGAGUAGAAGCAAGAGAAAUUCGAUUGAGGGAAUUAGAACGUCAACAAAAAGAGCAAGAAGAAAAUGCAGAUAGAGUGUAUGAUAUGUCGCAUUCUGGUGAUAACACUAUGAGACCUGGAAGAGUUUCCAAUGCUGCAAUGGUUAGUGGUAAAGAUAGGCAAAACUCAUUCAUAAACAAUUACUAUGGAAGCAGAAGGAGUUCUGAUGAUUCAAACGAAGAUGGGUCAUAUUGUUUAAGAGAUGUUAAGCAUGAGUUAAAAGAAGUUGAUGAAAAGUUUAGAAAAGCUAUGAUAGCAAAUGCUCAAUUGGAUAAUGAAAAAUCUGAAUUGGUUUAUCAAGUUGAAUUACUAAAAGAUAAGUUGGAAGAAUUAGAAGAAAGCCACAUACAGCUUCAGAAAGAAAAUCGAGAUAAAUGUAGGGAACAUGAACAACUUAAAAGAGUUGCUUUGAAAUUAAAAGAUGAUUUAGUAUCUUACAAAAGUCAACUUGAAGAACGUGACAGACUUAUUGCUAAUUAUGGGCUGAUGAUAGUUGGUGGAGAAGAUGAAGAAGGUCCUUCAGAAAGAGCUUUGGUAACUGUUGAAACUGCAGAUUUGCUUCAGAAAGUUGGGGAAGGAUCACUAGAUGUUCGAUUAAAAAAAAUUGUAGAAGAAAGAAAUGAGUUGUUUGACGAAGUUAGACAUUUAAAAUUAGAAUUAGAAGAAGAAAAAAGUAAAAGAAGGAUAGAUGGUAAAAGUGGGUAUUCUGCUGCUAACGGACUUAUAGACGAGGAAACUAGUAAGAUCAUGAGCGAUUAUAGAUUUAAAUUACAAAAAGCAGAACAAGAUGUGUCCACAUUGCAGGCCACUGUGGCAAGACUUGAAAGUCAAGUUAUCCGUUAUAAGUCAGCUGCUGAAUCUUCAGAAAAAGCAGAAGACGAACUUAAAAUAGAAAAAAGAAAAUUGCAAAGAGAGAACAGAGAGUCGAUUGCAAGAAUAGAAGAAUUAGAAACUGCAAAUUCGCAUCUUCAAAGACGAAUGGACAAAUUGAAAAACGCCAAAUCUACUUUAUUAAAAGAACUUUAA